CUAAAAUUUUCGAAGUAGGGUAUGAAUCCGGACCCCCCUCCCCUUAGCAUAAGAACGAUACUUUCACGGGUGAGAAAAGAAAAGUAGAAAAGUGGAUACAAAUAUCAAGCCCUUCCCACCAACCAUUUAAUCAAAUCGACUGGCCUGGGCGGCGCAUAAUGCAAACGUCCACGCGUCCAACAACCACUCGUCCCCAUUCCAUGUCCCCUAGAUGAGGCGGUGCACUCUCGUCGCGUCUAAUCCCCGUGGAUGCGGACACCUCACGCGGAACCGCCGUUCUUUAUUCCGGAUUUACAAUCCCCGCUUCCGCUCGCCUCCGACGUCACGGCUCACGAACCAAGGAGAACAGAAAGGUGAACGUACUGAACGGUGAGCAGAUCGCACGCGAGGCAUGAAAUUGCCAAUAUUAAAGGACAAGAGAAGGAAAAAAAUAUAUUAUUAUAAUAUUCUCAUCGUCGUCGUCAUCAUCUCUCCCCCGUGGUCUCUAGCUCUCUUCUCAGUGGAGUGGAGUGAGUGGAGAGAAGAAAGAAAUGGCUUCUCCGUCUCCUCCGUUCCUCCACUCACAUUGUCGUGUUCGCCAUUCUGCUCCUCUCCUUCUCUUUCUUUUAGUUCUUCUUCCCUCCGUGUCUCUGGCGGUUAACGUCACCGCUCUCCUAGCACCCUUCCCGGACCUCUCUGACUUCAACCGGCUGCUGGGCUCGACCCCUGUAGCUGGUGACCUCACCCGGCGAUCAUCCUUAACCCUCCUUGCCGUCCCCAACUCCUACCUCCUCCGCCUCGGCGACCUCGGCCGCUCUGCCGCCGACAUCGCCGACGUCCUCCGCUACCACGUGCUCCUCGAGUACCUCUCCUGGCCGGAGCUCCGCCGCAUCCCCGCCGCCGGCAAGCUCGUCGCCACCCUCUACCAGACCACCGGGCGCGCCUUCAACAACCUCGGCGCCGUCAACCUUACCCGCGACCCCCGCGGCGGCGGCGUCACCGCCCGCUCCCCCGUCCCCUACUCGCCCUCCAACGCCACCAUCCUUUCCCUCGUGGAGUCGCUGCCCUACAACGUCAGCAUAUUCGCGGUGGAUGCGCUGCUGGUUCCGUACGGGUUCGACCUGGCGGCUUCGUUGAGUCGGCCGCCGGCUGCGCCGCGGAACAUCACGCAGGUGCUCGUCGACGGGCGGGAUUUCAACGUGGCGGCGUCGAUGCUGGAGGCGUCCGGGGUGGCGGCGGAGUUCGAGGCGGACGAGCGCGGGGCAGGGAUCACGGUGUUCGUCCCCACCGACGAGGCCUUCGCCGAGCUGCCGGUGACGGAGCAGCUCCAGUCGCUGCCGGCGGAGCGGAAGGCCGUGGUGCUCCGGUUCCACGUGCUCCAUUCCUACUACCCGCUGGGGUCUCUGGAGUCCAUCGUGAACCCGGUCCAGCCAACGCUCGCCACGGAGGCGACGGAGGCCGGCCGGUUUACCCUCAACAUCACCCGGGUCAACGGCUCCGUGGCGAUCGACACCGGAGUGGUCCAGGCCACCAUCACCCGGACCGUCUUCGACCAGAACCCCGUCGCCGUCUUCGCCGUCUCGAGGGUUUUGCUUCCGAAAGAGAUCUUCGGCAAGGAUUCGUCAGGCGGCGGCGGCGGUAGAGGUGGGGCUAAGCCGAGGCCGGGGAGUGGAGCGGAGGUGGCUCCGCCACCGGCGCAGGCUGGGGCGUCCGCGCCGAAGGGGGCGGACGGGGUGGAAACGCCGCUGACGAGGCUGUCAUCGCCGCCGGAGUUCAGUGAAGACAUAAGAUCAGCCGCUGCGGCGAGGAGUGGGGGUUUUAUCAUCGUCGGCGAUGGAGCUGCUCUGUGUGUAUAGGCUACCUGUAUCUACUAUGGUAGGAGAUCUGAGAUUCUUCCUCUCUUUUCUUCCUCUCUAAAUGUUGCAUUUUUUUUUUCAGAAUUUUGUAUACGAGAUUCCAAUUCUGGCUGCAAAGCAGCGAUUUUUUUGGGUAUUUCGGGGUGAUAUUGAUGAGGGAAGAAGUUUACAUUUAAAUUUGAAUUAAAUUGGGUUCUUGUUGGAAUUGGAAUAA